CACACAGACAGACACACACACACACUCACAUACAGCGAACCCUUUCCUUUCUGGCUGCGCGCGGAUGGUUUUGGUAACCGUACCCCGCCGCCCGUUCCGCGCGCGAGCUGCUGCUACCGCGUCUCCGUCGUCGUUAUUAUUGUAUACAGGAUAUUUAUAUUUAUAAACAUAUAUACAUAUAUAUAUAUAUAUAUAUAUAUGAGUCGCUUUUUCGCUCUUUUCUCCGGGAUGGCGUGAUUAAGGCGCGAGACAGAACGAAGACCGGGCUCCCACUCGGACUUUAAAGGACCCCCCUCCUCCCCUCCCCGCUCUCUCUCUCUCUCUCUCUCUCCCACCCUCCCUCUCUCCCCCUCCUCCCUCCCUCCCUCCCUCCCUCCUCUUCAUGCGCCACCACCGAACGGUCCCGGGCACCGGCAGCGCGAGCUCCACCGACACCACAACCAACUCCACCAAUGCCACUCGCUCGUGCGACUGCAGCGCGUCCCAGCAGCCGCGGGGAAUGGAGAGAUCUGAACUGGAGUUUGUUCAGAUAAUAAUCAUAAUCGUGGUGAUGACCGUCAUGGUGGUCGUGAUCAUUUGUCUGCUCAACCACUACAGACUGUCAGCCUUCUUCAGCCGCCACCGCCGGGGCGGAGCCAUGCAGCCAAGCGGAUGUUCGUGGCCCACAGACAGUCUGGUUACACAACAAGGAGCCACAGAGGUGAUGUUCGGGCCACGGAGUUUCGAUCGCUUCGUACCUCCUUCAUUUAUCCAGAGGGAGCAGUCGAGCCGUUUCCAGCCCACAUACCCACAAAUGCAGACACAAAUCGAGCUCCCACCCACCAUCUGCCUGUCAGACGGCGAGGAGCCGCCACCCUAUAAAGGCCCCUGCACUCUCGCCCUGAGAAGCCCCGAGCAGCAACUGGAGCUUAGCCGUGCCUCCGUGCGAGCUCCACCCAAUCGCACUGUCUUUGACAGUGACAUCAUGGACGUUUAUGGGCCCAGGCCGCCCAGCACACACUCGGGCAAGAGCGCCUCGUACUCACACCUUCAGGGGCAAGGACCACCGCCCACUUACAGCGAUGUGAUUGGUCGAUCUUACCCAAACUUCACCACCUCCUCCUCCUCCUCCUCCUCCUCCUCUCUCUUGCACCAGCACAGCAAUAACGCCCCGCCGUCCAAUCAGAGGAAGGCGAAGGAUGGAAGACGCGACAAACCAACUUGACUGACAAGCACAGAGUGGGAGGGGCUGUGCUCUUUGGACCCUGUUCAUAAAUAUGCGAAAGGGGGUGUGGCUUCCCUCCAAGCACUCGCUCCCUUGCACAAUUUAGUAAUCCAGAAAAUCAAGGAACCAAGCUUAAGUGAAUCUCACUUUUUUGUAUACUUUUUUAAUUUGAAUUAUUUUGCUACAACUUGUGGGCCUCGUGUGGAUGUUCAGGCUUGUCGCAACUUUUCUGUUCCUGUGUUUUGUAUGCUUUCUUUUAUUUAAGAUAAUCAACUUUUUUUUGGCAGAUUGCUCAAGAAACUGCGCAAGAUAUAGGAAUUUUUUAACAUUUUUUUUUACAUUCAUGCACAAAAAAAAAUUCUUAAGUUAUUAACCAAUCAAAAUCCAAAUUUCUGUGCCAUGAUUCGUGUAAUCGUUCCUUAAAUCUCAGUGAUUUCAUCAAAAUGCAGAAAAAAAGAAAUCUACAUUGCACUAACUUUAACUUAGUAUUUUUACUUUGGUCCAUAUUCUAAUUCUUCACAUAUUUUCAUAUUCAUUUCACUUUUGUUUUUUUUUAAACUAGGGACUUCUGAUCCAGCCUAAAAAAUCCCACUAUUAACCCACAAGAUGGCACUUAAACAGGGGGUGUUGUUGUUGUUGUUGUAAUUCUUUUCAUUUUUCUCAUCAAGCAUCGUUUUUCAUCCUUUCAAACUAGCACUUUAAAACUCGCUCGCUUCAGCAUAGUCCGAAUGCAAGGGAAUCAUGGGAAACGUAGUCUUAUGCACAUCCACCAAGCCGAGCACGUCUGAUCCGCUACGCUUCUUCCUACACACACCUGAGUGUUUUCUAAGAACCGCCUCGAGAACCGAGAAGCGCCGAUGAGCAGCUUCGCAAACGCUCUUAAAAAACAAAACAUAUUUGUUAGUCAUGAGUUUCUACUUCUAUGUUUUGUGUUUUGUUUCCUGUUAUGUUAAACGUCGGCCAUGUUGUUCUGGUAAGAGUUCAUGUUCGGUAAAAUCAGUAAAAUAAAUAACGUUUAUGUGUUGUUUUAAUGACGUGUGAUGUCCAGCGAAACAAAAACAAACAAAAAUGUUAUGUAACGUUCCUCAAAAACAUCCAAACCUUCUGGGAAGCAAAAGUAAUGUUCCAAAAACGUUCUACUAUCCUUUUUAAAUCCCUCUCAUUUACUAAAAGGAACACGUACAGGAACCUGCCGAGAUUCAGAUCUGCAUGCUAGUUAGCUAGCCCCCCAACAAGCUUUAGUUUGAAUGCGAGCUUAGCCAAAAAUGCUUGUAAUCAAACACCAUAGUAUGUUUGCAACAUUAGCUAAGCUAAUUACAUCACUGCUUUCAGGCUAACUAGCCAGUGCAUGUGUUCCUCUCUCAUGCUAGAAGUUAACUGAGUUUGCUAACAAGAUGGCUAAUGUUUGGCUACUGGUAUUUUUUAUAACGGAAACAGGAUUGCUAGCAAGCCAAGAAAUAACCUGAAGGAAAAAAAGCUAAUUAAUGAACAUUUCUUGAAAUCUGAUAUUAUAUUAAUAAUAAUAUUAAGUGUUAAAUUUAGAACAGUUCCCACGUCAGAAACGUCACACCUUUAGUUUUUACCGGCAUCAGGUCAGAGUUUUAAUUCUGCCCUCGGUGCAACUCCAUCGGCUCUCACUCAUUCUUACUCCUCCUCCUCAUCGUGUGUGUGUGUGUGUGUGUGUGAGGUCCUGCUGCUAUGCUAAUGCUAACGUUAUUGCUAAUGCAAAUGCUAAUGCUGCUCUCCAGUGUCUCAUGUUUAUGUUCUUCAUUUUGAGGUGUUAUUUUUUGGUCAGGUGUUUUACAUCCACACUUUAAACACCUCCUGUAGUGUUGAUGAGAUGUUGAUGUUUGUUGCAUGUUUCUAUGAGCAGAUUUGGUGCCUAAAAGUUGUGGUAAAGCAGAAAUAGGAACCUUUUCACUUUGCACUCCGACUCCCCAAACAACCACCCUAACACCCCCAAUACCCCCAUCCCAAACACCCCUAACACCCCAAUACCCCCAUCCCAAACACCUCUAAAACACCUAUCCCAAACAAAGGCCCUACCACCCCAAAUAACCCGCCUAACACCCGUAUUCCAAACAACCCCCUCACCAAUACCCCCCAACACCCCCUACACCAAACAACCGCCCUUAUAUGCCCCAACCCCUACUCCAACCCAAACAACCGCCCCAACACCCACCCCAACCCAAACAAUCCCCCUAAUUCGCGCAACACUCCCGACCUGAGACAACACCCCUCUAAAAUCCCACCAAAACACCCCCAUCCCAAACAUCCACCCCAACAUUUCCCUAUCCCAAACAACCCCCCAACACCUCCCCACCCCAAAAAACCCCCCAAAACACCCAUAAUAUCCCCCAAUCACCCCAAACCCUGCCCUUAAUAUCCCCAACAUCCCAACCAAACCCCAACACUCCCCCCACCUUUGUUGUGCCUCACUUCCUACGGUGCUUUUUUCACAAGUCCGACUUUGUUUAUUUGUACUGUGCUGUAUAAAUAUAUAACUUGAAAAUAUUAUGCACAUAUCCUACCCAAUGGGUAGAUGAGAAAAAAACCAGAAGAGAACAAAAUGUUAAUAUACUGUAAUAUAAUGUAUAGAAGAUAAUUACCACCAGAAAUUUAACACGGAGGCAUCGGGGUUUUUUUGUCAAUGCCCUACAAUUGUUGCUUUUUGUCUUUUGUAAAAAAUAAAUAAAUAAUCUAAAGUUAAAAAAAGAGGUAAUAAAAUAAUACUACAGUAUAGUCACAACAUACGUUACAAAAAAAAAAGUACUUCUAUUUUUUUCCUCUAUCUGCUAUGUGAUGAUUACGAGGCGGUCGCAUACAGGACACACACUCGCUGCUGCUUUUAUAACUUCCAGAGAAAUGAUCAUUAUUAAUGCCAGCGCUUGCCAUUUAUUUAUUUGACUUUUUUAAUUAUUAUUAUUAUAUUAUUAUUAUUAUUAUUAUUUAGUGAGUGAUAGAUGUUUGGACUUUAAAAGUAAUGCAGAAGAGAAGAGCUGUAUCUUAUUACACCAAACAGACAGGAAUGGAGAGAUAAAUAAUAAAUAAAGAUUUUGGAUGGUA